UGUCUCCUGGAAACGAGCGCGCGUUUUUCUCCUACUGGAUGCUUCUAGUGUAUUUUUAAUCCGCGCGAUGUUCUUAUUUGUCCGUUAAAUGUUUUCGAACCGCCUUCUACACGUUCCCAUGCCUUUCCCUUCAUCUCUUUCAACUCUCGCGCCGUGCCGCCCUUUUCGAACUCGAUUGGCUAGUGGUGAGCCUUACGUGAUUGUAAUUGGGUGGGAAGAAUGUUAAUCGCAUAUGCGGGUGGUACAUUCUAGUGGGUUGGGCUUGGAACAGUUGUGAAUGAACGUGAGAUAUACGGUUAUAACAAUUAAAACGAAGUUUACCUGCCGCGGUGAAAAGAGUUAAUUUGCGGGAGUUGUUUAUUGAAUUAAACGCACCGAAGUGGGAUUUUAUCUGCUGUAGUAUCGUACGACAUUUUGGAGUUUAGUAGAAAUUUAGCAGAGUGUGGUGGAUAUGGUGUCGCUCGCAUCAAUGAAGACGCAGCUCUCAAAUGGUUCUUUACUAUCAUCAAAAGAGCCUUUUGAAAAAUGCUACCAGGUGGGGCCAGUAAUUGGCAGCGGUGGAUUUGGAACGGUGUACUCUGGUGUUAGAGUGACUGACAGUUUACCAGUAGCAAUCAAGCACAUUUUAAGGGAGAGAGUCCUUGAGUUUAAACAGAUGAAUAACUCUCUGGUGCCCCUGGAAAUAGUGCUGCUGAAGAAAGUUUCCUGUGGUUGCAGAGGGGUGAUCCGUCUGCUGGACUGGUAUGAACGUCCGGAUGGGUUUGUGUUAAUUCUGGAGCGCCCAGAGUCUGUUCAGGACUUGUUUGAUUUCAUCACAGAACGUGGUGCUCUUCCAGAGGAACUGGCACGAAACUUUUUUCGACAGGUUGUGGAAGCAGUAAGACAUUGCCAUGUUAAUGGGGUGUUGCAUCGGGAUAUCAAGGAUGAGAACAUACUUGUUGACCUUCGGUCCGGAGAGUUAAAGCUCAUAGACUUUGGCUCUGGAGCUGUUCUGCGAGACACAGUGUACACAGAUUUUGACGGUACCAGAGUUUACAGCCCUCCUGAAUGGAUCAGAUUUCAUCGGUAUCAUGGUCGGUCAGCAGCCAUUUGGUCACUAGGCAUCCUCCUGUAUGACAUGGUCUGUGGUGAUAUUCCUUUUGAACAAGAUGACGAAAUUGUGAAGGGCAAAAUCCACUAUAGGAAAAGGAUCUCAGUAGAGUGUCAACAGCUGAUUGAAUGGUGCCUUUCCUUGCGACCUUCUGAAAGACCCACGAUAGAACAGAUCCUUGCGCACAAGUGGUUGAAUCCAAACAUUCACUGCCCGUCUGAAUCUUCCAGUACAAGUCAAGAAAUUCUGUAAGACUGAGCUGUUCAGCUGUGUGAAUAUGGGAGUAAGUCUCAAAACUGGGCUGCUCGGCAGCGUAGAGCAGCGGAUGCCAUGUGACAAGUAUCUGGUCGCUCAUGGAGGGUCCUUGUGGCAAUGUCUUUGAAAGUGAAGCAUUAGUGCUGGGCAAAGAAUUCAGCCCAGACAAGCAGGAGAUUUGACUGUUGGGACCAAGCAGACUGGGGCCCUCCUAGUCCGUUGCUCACUGGGGGAACAUGAAAUAUAGCACUGAAAUCUACGAAAGAAGCUGUCCGGCUUCCAGAUUUAAAUGGACCCCCAGCCAUAUUGACUGGAGUUUUACAGAAUACCUCUAAAAUUAUGCUGCCUGGUGAAUUGAUUUCAGUUUUACAGUAAAUGGCCAGUGAGUACAUGAGGAAUGCUAGCUUCCGUUAGGAGUAACCUACAAUUUGUAAUUGUGUAGUUUAUAUGUAAAGCCAAUGUCCUCAUCUUUCAUAAAACAAAAAUUGUAUUUUUCAAGUUUAAAAAGGGGGCCAGCUGAAUGUAAUUUUUAAGUGAAUAUGUCUAAUCGGUGUUGUGAAGGAAUGUAAAAAUGUAUUUGCAAGGUUAAACUGACGUUUCAAUAUUAUGCAGAUGUGAUGUGGCACAGAAUGAGACUUUAAGGUCAAUACUGGUGUGGAAGCCACUGUCUGUUGUAUAGGUCAGGUAUCUUGCAGGGAGUAGCAUUUCUUGUGUACAGCUGAACUGAAACUAGUUUGGUAACAUGGUGUAAGUGGUUGACAUUCAGAAGUGGAGUUUAUAUAACUUGAUCUCAUUUUGGGAGUGUUUUACAGAGAAAUCUUGACAACUCUCAACAGAAAUCGGAUAGUGCCAGUUACUGUCGUGUAUGCUAGAACAUUGUGAUUUUAUUUUUUAAAUGUUUUCCUCAGGGAACUAGAUAUUUAUUGGUUCCUCACAAUGCUUCCACACGAGGCAUGGAGGAGGAGUUGUACUUCGAAAAUACUUUAUUUUAAUGUUUGGGGGGGUGGGCAAUGUGUUUUUUUAUUGGAGAACAAAACACUUUUAAGUUAUGACUCAGUUGCUCCGCCUUCCCCAAAUCACCUUUCUUGCACCUGCCACUAUAGUUUGCAAAAUGUAAGUGUAGUCUGGGUGCCCUUUAACUUUAGAUCUUUACUUUACUGUAUCCCGUUCUGGCAUGAACUGGGAUCGUUGGACCAUCACUUAAUUUCUGCAGUUGGAGGCUUGUUAACAUUGAAAGCCAGCAAAUGUUGCGCUAACCAUAUCCAAUGUAUCCUUCCUUUCAUUCCAUUACUACCACUGUCAAAGGCCAGUAGGCUUUUUUUUUUUUUUUUUUUUUUUUUUUUUACACAAAAAUCUUGAGCAAACAAUGUAAAAUUUUUGCAAUGGUGCAAGUCUCUCGUGUUUUAUGAAGGGUUUAUUUAUAAUUUGUUUUAAUUUAAAAGCUGAAAGUCAUUUAUUUAUGAAGUUAGCUGACCAAGCCUGCUGUUUUGAUUUUUGGACAGUCCUUUUAAUUUAUCUGCCAUCUCACCAAUAAAUAUUUAAAACUGUA